AUGGCUCUCCUAAUUUCUUUCUUCAUCCAUAUCUUACUAGCCCUCAACCACUACACAACCGCCUUCCCCACAGAAUCCCACGAACUUAUUCCAGGCCCCGGCCUCCCCACCCUCGCAUCACUCAACCUGACCACAUCCGACAUCAUCAAUCUUCCUCUAUCCAUCAUCGUACCCACAGGACCCCGGAAAGAUCCCCAAUGCGGACCCGAAGAUGCAUACACGAACGUCGACAGUCUCAUCACCUGCUACAAGUAUAUAAAAAGAUUGGGCACCGAGUAUUGCGAAUUCAGGCUUCGUGAAGUGAAGACGCUGUGUCGCAUUGGGGGAGUUGGCGUGGUUGGGAUUGGGAUUGGGAAGGAUGUUGAGAGGAGUUAUUGUUCGGAUGUGGCGUUGGGACUUCUUACUGUUAUUGAUGGCUGUACGAGACCCGACCAGAGUGCUGCGGGCUUUGCUGCUGCGAAUGGGAAUGGGAAUAUUAUUGUUGGGGGAACGAGGGUAGAUUAUAUUAUCCAUCUCAAGAGUGUGGAAGCGUGGGGUUGA